AUGUCUGACAAAAUUGUGCUUUACAAUGCCCGUAUGUAUCCAUAUGCCCAACGUGCUUAUAUUGCUCUAAAGGAAGUGGAUGUGGAGUCUGAGCGUGUCGAUAUUGACCUGUCCAACAAGCCUGAUUGGUACAAGGACAUUAAUCCUGAACUUAAGGUUCCUGCUUUGACUACAGAAGAUCAAAGUAUUGCCGAAUCUUUAGGUAUUAUCAAAUACAUCAAUGAUCGAUUCCCCGAGAAAAACUUAUUAACUCAAGAUCCUUUAAAGCGUGCCAAGAUUCGAUUUGCUAUCGAGUACUUUUCGUCCUAG